AUGGGUGUACUAGCUAGAAUUGCUGGACAGAGGUGUUUUUCUUCCAGUGGGAAGAAUGCUGCUGCCAAGAAAUUGAACAAGUACUCGUACCAUAUCACUGAGCCAAAAGACCAAGGAGCCUCGCAGGCGAUGCUGUACGCUACUGGUUUCAAGCGCGACGAUUUCGCCAAGGCACAAGUUGGUGUUGGGUCCUGUUGGUGGUCUGGGAACCCGUGCAACAUGCACUUGCUCGACUUGAACCACAGAUGUGCUGCCUCCGUCGACAAGGCCAAUUUGAAGGCCAUGCAGUUCAACACGGUUGGGGUCUCGGACGGGAUCUCCAUGGGUACCUCCGGUAUGCGCUACUCGUUGCAGUCGAGAGAGGUCAUCGCAGACUCCUUCGAAACAAUUAUGAUGGCCCAGUCGUACGACGCCAACAUCGCGAUCCCCUCGUGUGACAAGAACAUGCCAGGUGUCAUGAUGGCCAUGGGGAGACACAACAGACCUUCCAUCAUGGUCUACGGGGGGACCAUCUUGCCCGGCCACCCUACAUGUGGGUCGAAGAAGAUCUCCAAGAACAUCGACAUCGUCUCAGCGUUCCAAUCUUACGGACAGUUCAUCGCAGACGAGAUCACCGAGAACGAGAGAGAGGAUAUCGUCACACACGCAUGCCCUGGUCCAGGGUCCUGCGGUGGGAUGUACACGGCGAACACCAUGGCCUCCGCAGCUGAGGUGCUUGGGAUCACUGUUCCAAACUCCUCUUCGUCACCAGCGGUCUCCAAGGAGAAGCUAGCCGAAUGUGACAACAUCGGUGAAACAAUCAAGAAAACCAUGGAGUUGAACAUCUUACCUCGGGAUAUCUUCACCAAGGAGGCGUUCGAAAACGCCAUCACGUACGUCAUCGCCACUGGAGGGUCCACGAACUCCGUCCUUCACUUGAUCGCCGUCGCGUACUCCGCAGGUGUCAAGAUCACGCCAAGCGACUUCCAACGCAUCAGUGACAAGACUCCACUACUGGGGGACUUCAAGCCAUCCGGUAAAUACGUUAUGGCGGACCUCGUCGCUGUCAACGGUACCCAGGCAGUGAUCAAGUUCCUGUACGACAACGGGUUCAUGCAUGGGGACACUUUGACCGUCACUGGUGACACUUUGGCGGAGCGUGCCAAGAAGGCGAAAUCGCUACCAGAGGGACAAGAGAUCAUCAAGCCAUUGUCCAACCCUAUCAAGGAGUCCGGCCACUUGCAGAUCUUGACCGGGUCGCUGGCCCCAGGUGGGGCCGUCGGCAAGAUCACCGGUAAGGAAGGGACCUACUUUAAGGGUGCCGCCCGUGUCUUCGAGGACGAAUCCUCCUUCAUCCACGCCCUAGAGAAGGGUGAGAUCAAGAAGGGUGAGAAGACGGUCGUCAUUAUCAGAUACGAGGGACCAAGAGGUGGUCCAGGUAUGCCUGAGAUGUUGAAACCUUCCUCCGCACUUAUGGGCUACGGGCUGGGCAAGGACGUCGCCCUCCUAACGGACGGUAGAUUCUCCGGUGGGUCUCACGGUUUCCUGAUCGGCCACAUCGUGCCAGAGGCAGCAGAAGGUGGUCCAAUUGGGUUGGUCAAGGAUGGUGACGAGAUCGUCAUCGACGCGGACAACAAUAAGAUUGACCUUUUGGUCUCGGAUUCGGAAAUGGCUCAACGUAAGGCGCAGUGGACCAAACCUGCUCCUCGCUACAGCAGAGGUACUUUGUCAAAGUACGCUAAGCUGGUAAGUAACGCAUCUCUAGGCUGUGUGACAGACGCUUAA